AAACCAAGUACAUACAAGUCUGAUGAAGAUCCGGGAACAGGUUUUCAAGAGAUUGAUAAAAAACACAUCCCUGACAAAAGGCCUGUUACCAUGGAGAGGUUCCCCCAACAUGUGGCUGACCUUCAGAAAGACAGCAAGUUAAAGUUUGCUAAGGAAUAUGAGGACCUGAAGGAGUUGAGUCCCAAACACCCAUGUAAUUCUGCCAACGAGGAUGGAAACAAAAUGAAGAACAGAUAUGUCAACAUCCUUCCUUUUGAUCACAGUCGAGUGAAACUGAAUCCUUCUGACCCCGAGGACCCAAGCACAGACUUUAUCAAUGCCAACUACAUUCCUGGCUACAACUCGCAACGAGAAUACAUCGCAUCCCAGGGCCCAAUACCAGGUACCAUUGACGACUUCUGGCGGAUGAUCUGGGAACAACAAGUAGCGAUCUGUGUUAUGUUGACCUUGUGUAAAGAGGACGGACGGAUUAAGUGCGAACAGUACUGGCCAACAGAGCGUAAUGAACCGAAGCAGUAUGGAGAUAUCGUUGUGGAGAUAACCUCCUCCUCCACUGUCAAUACUUAUGAUUUCAGAAUUUUCAAAAUCACACAAGGUGAUCAGACACGGACUCUCAAACAUUUCCAUUUCCUGAAUUGGAAAGACUUCUCUGCAAAUGUUCAGAAUGAUGUGAUGAUUGAUUUUAUACAAAAUGUGCGGGCACACAUUCAACCCCCAGACAAGAAAGGACCCAUGCUUAUUCACUGCAGUGCCGGAGUCGGUCGCACAGGAACCUACAUGUCCUUAGAUCAACUUAUCCAGUUCAUUGAUGAACACGACUUCAAUGAGGAGUUAGACAUUUUCGACUUGGUUCUGUCUAUGAGGAACUAUCGAGUGUUUAUGGUCCAGACAGAGCAACAAUAUGUGUUUAUUCAUGACUGCGCAAAAGACCUGAUUGAAAGAAAGAGAGCUCGGCUGCAAGAAAAUGAUGAUGACGAUGAGGAAGAAAAUGUCUAUAUGAACAAAGCAUUUGAACAAGACACAGAGGAAAAUAUGUACCAAAACCAGGACUUUUACCAGAAUACAACUGACAAAACGGAGCUUUAACCAAGACCCUGCCCAAUAAAGCAUAGUGUGGACAUAUCAUUCCCAAGUUGCAAAGGUGAUGUGGGUUCAUACCUUUCGAUGACCUUUUUGAACUGAUCAUGCUCCAGAAAAUUAUAUGACUUGGAUGGUGUUAAAAAUUCCAUGGUUUUUAAUUAGUUUUGAUCUAUUGGGACCUAGGGAGGAAAAAUAUACUGGUUUAGUCAUCAGCAAUGUUUCAAUAUGUGCUAAAGUAGUAAUAGAUCAAAUUUUGUCUUCUUUAUGAAACACUUGUCAAAAGAAAGAAAUAUUUACACAACAAUUUUCACUAUUGGAAAAAAUAUAAAAUUAUAGCAGAUAGUUUGUUAUUAUUGAUAUAAAAUAUGUAAAGAUUCUUCAGUACUAAAGGAUUAAAACCUGAACAGGGUUCUAUAGUUAGUUUUAUAUAUGAUAGUUUAUAUAUAUUUGUACCAAAAUCAUUCCUAAUUUGAAUAGAAAAUUCCAAGUCUUGUGAUUCCUGAUUCCAAUGAAACAUUUGUUUUAAUAUAUGAAAGACAUGUAAGGAUAUGUUUCAAUAGAUUAAACAUUUUUUUAAAGAAAAAGGUAUAUUGCAUAAUUGGGUUUGACUAAUCUGAAUCUUACUCCAGGUCAUUUGUUAUAUUGGUGAUAGCUGCUCUCAUAGUAAUCAAAAUAUUUUGGACACAAUCAAUUAAAUCUGUUAUAUAUAUAUAUCAUAUGUUCUGCUGAAAAUUCCUUUGUUAACGUCGAUCAGUAAUGUUUUUCUAUUCAAGUUACCAGUUAACUAGAGAAAUAUGAUCAUUAGCAUUCAGAAUGUUUAUUUGUUUUGUACCCCCAGCUUUAUUAUAGUCAGAGAUGUAUAUACUACAGAGAUUUGGCUUUAUAUGUCUCUGUUAUAGUUAACACUGAACUGUGAAUAAGUACUUAAGAUUGAUUCCCUAUAGGAAUUUUGCUUUAAUUGGUGUUUAAACUUUAUUAAAUGACCACCUUGUCAUUCCAUUUGAGAACAUGAGCAUAUGAAUUUUAUAUGUGUCAUGUAUUGUUUUUGUCGAGCUCAUAAAUAAUGAUAUCUUUAAAAUAUCAUCCAAAGGUCAAUUUUUUUAAAUGAAGAUUCAAAAAGAAAUGAUGGUUAACAGAAAUAUUCACAUCUGAUAUAAAAGAAAUCCGAUUAAUUCAGAGAAUUAUUUAAAGGCUUGUGACAUAAAGAUUAUUAAUUAAGCACGUUUAAUAAAGUGAGUUUACAUUAUGCAUGCUAUUGAAUAUUGUUGGUUAUAAAUGCAUCACUUAAGAAUGUCACUUAUAACUUGAAAGUGACUAUGAAUGUCAACAGAGGACAGUUCACAGCUUGAGUGUGUACCUGAUCUGCUGUUAUAACUCUUAAAUCUGUAUUUUGUUGAGAGCUUUUGUCACAGGCUAUGGAUCAGUGGCUUUCUUAUUUAUAUAAAACCAUAAACAUCUAAAGGUGAAAAAAGAAACUAAUUUAAGUUUGAAAAAACAACAUUGAACUAGUGCAAAUUUAGAAAAUAGAUUUCAGA